CAUACUCUUACAUGGCGGUAGGUGGGACGAAAGGUUGCGGAAACACUCGAAGGUCGGCGCGCGAGUAGCAACGUGUGGAGAAGCAGCAAACGAAAUUUCCCCUCACAACGAGGCGAUAUUCGAACGAGUUACGAUUAGGCUUGGUGGUAAUAACGUGUUUGAACAAUGAAUGACGGUGAGUUUUAGUUGUUGCAACCAAACAAAAAAAACGUUUCUCGAUAUUACCUACUUUCUAAUCAAUGUGCGCCUGUGCAGUAUCUACCUUGGAGUGACGUAAACAUCGUAUUUACGCGCGAAUGCGAAGUGUUUUGCGUGCGGGCAUGUUAGUCUAGUUUUUUGUGACUUCUUAGUUUAAUAACAUUUUUUUAAAUAUGUGGCAUCAACCGCGUUCGUCGUCAGGCAAUGUUGACGAGAAUGACUUGGUUUCAGAUAGUGCUUCUAUCCAGCAUCAGGGCCGAGCCAAGACAUACCUUCAUGGGGUGUCGGCCCCUCAAGGGGAGCAGCUGUGGCAAAAUGCGAGUGGUUUGUCGAAAGAGCCCUCAUCUCCUUCUAUGAAGGGCAUGACAGAUAGUGGUUUAUGUGACUCUGGCAGGACAGAUUCUGGGUUUCUGUCCGGGGCAAACCUAACCUCCGAGUGCUUGUCGUCGGAUGACAUUACCUCGUCGCACAAGUUCUCCGAUUCGUCUGUGUUGGAUCGUGGUGACGAAGACAAAAAAGAAGACUUGAAUAUCUUAAUGAGGCUUGACAGUGGUGUUGAUGUGGGCUUAAACGAUCAGUUUGGUGGCUUGAGUCUGAAAACUGAUUCUUCCAUCAAUGAUCUCAACUCAUCGUCGAAGUCUCGAGGGCAGGAUCCCACACCUUGCAACAUCGUUGUUUCUAAACCCACCGUCGCAAGUACGACCAGGAGUUCGCCUGCCACUUCACACGUCUCCGAACAGCCUUCUCAGCAACCAUGGGAACUAUACUUCCAACAGGAUGAAGAUGGAGACACGCAGCUUCACAUCGCCAUCAUCCGAGGCUUCAUCGAGGUGGUGGAGAGCCUGGUGCAGAUGGUGCCUCACCCCUGCUUCCUUGACAUCUCCAACAACUACUGGCAGACGCCCCUCCACCUGGCGGUGCUGACGCACCAGCCCCUGGUGGCCCGGCGGCUGCUGGUGGCCGGGGCGAAGGUGGACGGACGCGACCUCCAGGGGAACACCCCCCUGCACCUGGCCUGCCAGUCGGGCGACCUGGAGUGCGUGCGGGCGCUCACGGCGACCGUCAGCGUGGCGGAGGCCGCCGCCACCAACCUGCGCGGCGUGGGCGGCUGGAGGCAGCAGGUGCCGCAGCCCCUCGACGACCGCAACAACGACGGGCAGAUGUGCGUGCACCUCGCCACUCUGGGCGGCAGCGUGGACGUGCUCAGGCACCUGGUGUGGUUCGGCGCCGACAUCAACGCCAGGGAGGGAAAAGCUGGCAGGACACCGCUGUAUCUCGCCAUAGAAUACGCCAUACCACGGGUGGUACACUUCCUCAUCAACGAGUGCCCCUUGAACCUGGAGGUCACGACGUACUCCGGACACACUGCGUACCAGCUGGCCGCCUGCCUCGACGCCGGCCUGGCUCGCUUCCUCGCCGCCAAGGGGGCUGCUUCCCUGAGCGCUCUGGGCUCCGAGGACUCCUCAGACUCCGAACACAGCGACGAUGAGAUGUUCGGCCAGAGGUCACCAUUUCAGUUUUACGCAAGUCACUUGGUGAACGGAGGAGCGAUUGACAUCGGUGCUUGAGUUAGAAUACCCGCGAGUCGUUAGUGGCGAUGCGUGCAUGCGACUGCAGAUUUGAGAACUACCACUGCGUGUCGGCAAGUGUCGGAAGGAUCGUUGGUCAAACAAUGUAUUUAUUUUUUUUUCCUCUAUAAAGACAUUUAAAAAAAAUCCAAAACUGUGUUGAUUUUUUUGCUGUUAUAGAUAAAUGUUGUUCGUGUAAUGUAAGAACUCUCAAAUGCAAAUUUUCCAAAUGUUGAUUGUUCAGCAGAUGUGAUUUGAACACUACGCGGACUGUUGAAUGAAAUUCUGGGUAGUUUAGAGUGGGUCAUGUGUGGCCCUGAGUUUUUAUAGUAUUUGGCACUGAUUGCACACACACACAAAAACAUUGUUGAGACAUUGUAUGUUGAAUGUGCCAAAAAAAUGUUGUUACAUUAUUUCUUUAAUUUUUAGUGUAUAACAUAUGCUGUUAAAGUGAUCUGCUUGAUCCAUUAGUAGCGUGUACUGUAAAUAUUUUAAACACAGAAAAAUAUUGUAAUGAACACUUAUUACUAAAUUAUUAUGUACUUUUAACUUAUGUGUUACAUGAGAUGUUGUACAGUAGUAACUGUAUCUCUGUUAAAAUGACACAUUGUCACUGUUGUUACCUUAACAAGUUUUCAUGUACAGUUUAUCAUGUUGUCAAGAUUAAGGAUCUUGAUAGUAAACCCAAGACUGCAUGUUUAAAAUUUGUAGCAUUUAUAGACUUUGAAUAAAUUAUGUAUUUUUUACACAAAAAUAAAGCAAAAUGUAG